GAUGCAAUCGUAGAGAGAAAUUAUGUCAGAGCAGACCCAAGCUAUUUGAAAACUCUUGGUCAAGCUCAUUCAGGAUGGAUAUUUGGUGCAAUCGCUGAGCUUGUUGACAACGCUAGAGAUGCUAAAGCAACUAAACUUGAAAUUUCUAUCGACACCAUAUACUCAAAAAGAGCUAGUGGAAGUAUUCCUUUACUAUCUAUUAUAGAUGAUGGCCAUGGGAUGACCCAUCAGGAGAUUGUAAGAAUGACAUGUUUUGGGCACAAGCAACCUGAAGCUUAUGAACCUGAGCGUAUUGGAAGAUUUGGCGUUGGAUUCAAGACUGGAGCAAUGAGGCUUGGCAGGGAUGCUCUAGUUCUUACACAGACUGCUAAUUCCAGAUCGAUAGCAUUUCUUUCGCAGUCUUUGAAUGAAGGAAAAGAUAAUCUGGAGAUUCCUAUUGUAAGCUAUCGCAGAGAAGGACAAAUUAUGGAAGUGGAUAUAACCGUCCAGUCAUCAGCUUUAGCAAAGUACAAUUUGAAAGCUAUAAAAGAGUUUUCCCCAUUUAAUAAAUAUCUUAUUGGUGAGAAAGCAGCCCUGUUUUGUGAAGGUACAGGAACACAGAUAUACAUAUGGAGUCUGGACAAAUGGGGUUCAGAUUACAGUUUGGAAUGGCAUACUGGAUUGAAAGGUGGAAGCUCAUUUCACCAAGGUGACAUAUUAAUCCGAUCUAGAAGGAUUAGAUCUCGUCCUGGGCAGAUCAGUCAACAGGUGCGGUUGGAUUAUUCACUCCGAUCUUAUAUGGAAGUUAUCUUCUUAGUUCCAAGAAUGAAGAUAUAUGUUCAAGGUUCACUGGUUAAAAGUCGACCGUUGGAAAAAUCGCUCAACAAGACUGUUAUAGAAACUGGGAAUGUUAUGGGGAAACAUGUUCAGUUGACUCUUGGUCGCUGCCAAUUAGAAUGGGAGCAGGCAAACUGUGGAAUAUUUUUGUAUUGGCAUGGUCGCUUAAUUGAGGCUUACAAGAGAGUUGGUGGGAUGGUUCACGGUGCAGAUGUGGGUCGGGGUGUUAUUGGUGUCAUAGAUGUGACUGAUGUAAUGGAUGAUGGAAAUGUUUCUGUAUGGGUGCAUAGUAACAAGCAAGGAUUUCAGGACUCUGAAGCUUACGCCCUUCUUGAGGAGUGGCUGGGUCGUAAAGCAGAUGAGUAUUGGGACAACAAUUUCGACAGUCUCCAGUUGAAGAAGAGUAACUCUCUUUAUAAGCCCGACCAGGAAUGGGUGCAGUGCGAUAAGUGCCGUAAAUGGAGGAUGUUGAGUUCUAAUUGGGACAGCAAGAACCUACCUCUAGAAUGGUUCUGCUACAUGGAACCUUUCAAAGGAUCUUGUGAAACUCCUGAACAAAAGGUUGAACAAGGAGUGAUCACAGUAUCUGCAAAGCGAUCUGGAUAUAAGAAUCAACAGAAGGCUUCUAAAUUUGAUGAUGAUGCUGUCAAUGUCUCUAACACAACUGAAGGCGAUAAAGACGACUCUGAUCAAGACAUGGAGGAUGGAAAAGCUAGAGGUUUGAAGAGGUUACGAAGAGGACUUACAAGGGCCUGCAGAAAGGCUUGAAAGUAUGCCCUGAAUAUGAAACUCUUACGGUUCCCAAACCCGUUGUGGUACCUUCGCAAUCAUUAUCUGUUACUCUGCCGUGGCAAAGUUGAAGCAAUAGAAAUGAGGAGCAUAGUUACAGCAUGAGCUGACAGUAUCAAAUGUGGAAUCUUCAUGGCUUGUGAGUGAUCCAUCGUCUCUUAAAUCUUCAUUGGACCUCAUUGCUGGCUUGAAAGAUAAAAAUUUCAGUAAGAUAAAUAGUGUCUAGUAGUUGGGAGUCAUAUGGAUGCUGAUUUUUUCUCCCUGAUCUAGCUUUUGGAAGUGGCAUGUUUUCUCUUCUGGUGAUGAUGUUCAUGAGAAGCAAAUCGAUGCCUCUUAACCAUUUUGUAUAGAGCAUACAGGUGACACAAUGAAAGAAUAUGUAUAGGGACUAGGAAUUCAAAUACCUUUUAACUCCCUAUGGUUUUUCUGGGGUUGUGGGGUUAAGUAGGUGUAUAUCAAGCUAAUCGGAUUUUGCGUUUCUAACGCUGGUUUGUAAAACAGAGAGUGCAAACUCCAGAGGAAGAAAAUGAAACACAGCACAUUUUAUUUUA